AGUUGCAUACGAACUCUUGCCGAAGUAUAACGCGCCGGUUUUAAAGACUUCCUCAAUCCAAUGCAAACUUUAGUUCAACCGCGCGGGCCUUCUGACUUAGGAGAAAGUAGCCGUAACAGUUGCUGGGCAUAGAAAUUAAUUGCAACAACGAAUAACAAAAAAUAGCCGGUUUCGGAUGUGUUUCAACAAGCAAGUCUCCGGGAAGCACCUGUUGUUCAUAGAAGCUAGUCGGUGUCAAACCCGAGUACGGUGAUUGAAUUUGGUGCAACCUAAACCUCACGAAGAUUUAUAGGAAACUGCUACUACAUUAUCUAGUUGUAAAGUACGAUCAAAAUAGUAAAGUGUAAAGUCGUGGAAUGCAGCUAGAACCAGGGUGAAAAAAAUGUGCAGUGAUUUAAAACUCAUUACAAAACGUAGCAGUGCUUAGUUUCUGUUACCUACAAAACAGCUAACACGUGAGAGUUUCAAAUCUUCCAGCAUGGAUUCGGAGUGGAAAAUAACGAUGGCUGCUUUGAAGCAGACACUGCUCUCCCUGUCCGUUUCACUGUCCUACUUUUGCAUCGGUCUAGUCCGCGGUUACUCCGCUCCUGCGGUGCCAUCAAUGAACGAAAUCAAUCCCGCGCUACUUCCGGACAAAAACAUAACCUCUUGGGUCAGUUCGAUACCGCCAUUUGGCGCCUUCUUCGGCAGUUUGGUUGCGUUUCCAUUGAUGCACAAAAUUGGUCGUAAGUACACCGUGAUGCUGACGUCACCCGUUUGGGUUGCAGCGUGGAUUCUCAUAGCGACGGCAGAAGAUUGGAAAAUUCUACUACUGGCACGUAUGCUGUCCGGAUUCGGAGCUGGACUCACGCUACCAUCGGCACAGAUCUACGUGAGUGAAUGCAGCGAUCCGAAGAUUCGUGGGGUUAUCGGAUCGCUACCGGCGCUUUCCAUGUCACUCGGAAUUCUGGUCACGUACGUGUUGGGGAAGUAUCUUGAGUGGCGGAUAUUGGCGUGGGUAUGCUGCGGCGUUGCGAGUUUCCUAUUGCUCGCUGUGAUCAGUUUCCCGCAAUCGCCAGUGUGGCUAAAAACGAAAAAACGCUAUGAGAAAGCACAUCACUCUGCAAAGUGGCUGCAUCUGCAGGGAUUUACGUUUGAUCCUAAUGCUCACGAGAUACAGAAAGCUGUGAUUAAUGGAACCGCACCUGAACCGAAAGAGAAACCAUUCUCCCGGGAAGUCCUUUGUCGAAGAACAGUUCUCAUGCCGUUGGGUAUCGGACUUGCCUUACUCUCGAUUCAACAGUUGAGCGGAAUCGAUGCCAUAAUUUUCUUCACCGUAGAAAUUUUCCGUUCCGCAGGAAGUUCUAUGGAUGGUCAUAUUGCGACGAUCAUCGUAGGUGCGGUACAGGUGCUGAGCAAUUUCUCGGCUCUGUUCGUCGUGGAUCGUGCCGGACGGAAACCCUUGCUGAUCACCUCUGGUGUCAUAAUGUGCUUCGCAAUGGCCUCAAUGGGAGCCGCCUUUCACUUGAAUUCAAUCGGAAACACUUGCUUUGGCUAUCUGCCAUUGGUGAGUCUCAUAAUCUUUAUGAUAGGAUUUUCGAUCGGAUUCGGAUGCAUUCCAUUUCUGUUGAUGGGUGAGCUAUUCCCAACUGCUCAAAGAAGUCUACUGAGUUCGCUAGCCGGAUCGUUUAACCUAGCAGUGAUGUUCGUCGUAAUUAAAACCUAUCAUCCAUUGGAAGAUAUAAUAACAACAUCAGGUACAUUCUGGCUGUAUAGCGUUUUGUGUGCCACAGGAGUGGUGUUUGUGAUAACCUGCGUUCCGGAAACCAAGGGACGCGAUCUAGAGAGCAUCCACAAAUUAUUCGAAAAAUCUUCCGGAAAGAAGAACUGCUUAGAAACAGCGACUAAACAAAGCCAUGACAAUGUCACCAUGAACAUAGACGAUGAGAUUUCACCUUGUGAAGAUAUUAGUAAAUCAGAUACUAGAUUAUGAACAACGAACCUAUGCUUUGUGUGAA